AUGUGUGAUGGCUUGCUACUACUGAGAUCCCUAAUCGAGGAGGUGACCGAGUUAGAUAAGAAACCAGACCGACCGCCUAUAGAGAGAUUUGUUCAGAGACAGGUACUGGAAAUGGCCCGCGAUUGCUUGCACAAGUCUGAAUCGAAACAAGUCACCAGCAGCUAUUUCUACGAUAUGGCCGACAGCUUAGACCGACUUUUGGCUGAGACGCGCGAGAAGUCAUCAGAAGCGGGCGCGCAAGUGGCUCCUCUAGUGACGCGGCUGGUGCUGGCAAUGGCGCGGCCGGCGCGGCUUUUGGAGUGCCUGGAGUUCGACCCGGAGCGGUUCUACCGGCUGCUGGAGGCGUGCGAGGGCCACGCGAGGCAUCUGCAGGGCUUAACAACAGACAUCCCUCAGUACAUCAUCCACAAACUAGGGCUCUCCCGCGACCCGCUGGCCGAGUUACACGCGCCGCCGCCACCGCCUCCGCCGCAGAACAUAUCGCCCAACAAAACCCGCGGCCGCCAGUCGCCGCCCGGCGCGCCCGGAUCCAUCAACGGAGCGCCGCCGUCGGAAAACGACUACCAAGUCAUCAAGCUGAUCUCAAACGGCGCCUACGGGGCCGUGUAUCUCGUCAAACACAAGCAGACCAGGCAGAGGUAUGCGAUGAAAAAGAUAAGCAAAAACAACCUGAUCCUUCGAAACCAAGUGGAGCAAGCGUUCGCGGAAAGAGAUAUACUCAGUUUUGCUGACAAUCCUUUCGUGGUGACAAUGUACUGUUCUUUCGAGACGAAGCGCCACCUCUGCCUGAUACUGGAGUUCGUAGAAGGCGGCGACUGCGGCACCCUAUUGCGCGCUGGCCCGUUACCCGCAGAUAUGGCGCGACACUACUUCGCUGAGGCAGUGCUAGCCGUGGAAUACUUGCACUCUUAUGGCAUCGUGCACCGAGACCUGAAGCCUGACAACUUGCUCAUCACCGCUACGGGCCACAUCAAACUGACCGACUUCGGGCUCAGCAAAAUGGGUUUAAUGUCACUGGCAACAAACUUAUACGAAGAGUACGCGGAUCGGGAGGCGCGACAGUUCUCGGAUAAGCAAGUGUGCGGCACUCCUGAAUACAUCGCGCCAGAGGUCAUACUGCGGCAGGGCUACGGCAAGCCAGUGGACUGGUGGUCUAUGGGCAUCAUCCUAUACGAGUUCCUGGUGGGCUGCGUGCCUUUCUUCGGAGAGACCCCUGAAGAACUAUUCGCUCACACUGUCAAUGACGACAUAGAGUGGCCGUCGGAGGAGGACUUCCCUAUAGCGGUGGAAGGUCGCAGCAUCAUCACCGAACUACUGGCGCGGAACCCUCGCGAUCGCUUGGGGACCGGUGGCACGCACCAAGUCAAGGAACACGUGUAUUUCUACGGGCUGGACUGGAACAACCUUCUGAGGAGGAAAGCCGAAUUCAUCCCACAGCUGGAGAAUGACGAGGAUACCAGCUACUUCGACAGCCGCUGCGACCGCUACAACCACAGCGAGGUGGACACAGACGAGGCGGCCGAAGCUGGCGAUGCGCCUGAUGAUGCUGGAUUGUUUGCUGCUUUUAGCAGCACCAGCCCUCAGUGGCGUCGCCACUACCACUCUGGCUUGGAGCACGACUCUCGGAGCACGGACAGCUGGCCCGGCACGCCGGAUAGCGCGGGUCCUCCCACCACGCCUACCGCGCCAUUGCACCACCACCCCAAGUGUCCCAUGAUCGGAGGCAGUGCAUCAACAGCUGAGUCCUCACAAACGGACUCGGACGACGUGUCGCCGGCCUGCCGCCGCCGCACCACGCUGCGAGUGCACCCGCACCCGCCGCACCCGCCGCACCAUUCGCACCACGCGCACCUAGCGCUCGUGCCGAGGAUGUCGGAGAUAGCCAAGAAAGAAGAGAGCAAGAGCAUGGACCGUCCGGACAAACCGGACAAGAGUAAGCCGUCCGCAUUAGUGGCUACCAAGUCUAUGCGACGCUCCGCCAGCACCUCCGGACUGUCACUCGUUAUCCAUCCUGCGGAUGACAGUUCAUUCGGCGGUGGCGCGGCGUCGCCUUGCGCGGGCAACACGUCUUCAACCAACUCGUCGCGAGACUCGUCGCCGUGUCGAGACCCGCCAUCGCCUUUGAUUCAAUCUUCGAAGCCUCCGAUCGUUGUCCGUCGCGGUCCGCGCGGGUUCGGGUUCACCAUCCACACCGUGCGCGUGUAUUACGGCGACACGGACUACUAUACCAUGCACCAUCUUGUUUCGGCGGUGAGCGAGCAAGGCGCGGCUUGGGCGGCGGGGCUUCGCGCGGGAGACCUCAUCACGCAACUCAAUGGAGAGUCUGUGCAAGGCUUGCUACACACACAGGUGUUGAGAUUGCUGUUGGCAGCACCGCAUGCCACUCUUCGGGCUACACCUCUCGAUCAAACCACUAUUCAGGCGGGCGGGCGGCGAAGGACCGGUAACGGCAGACGGGCCUCCGCGCCGCCGCGCCCGCGACCUCGAAGGCGCUGUUCGCUGUUCCGAAGGAUUUCUACCAAGCGCGCCUCGCAGGAGAUGCAGCAGAUGGUGACCGGCGGCGUGGGUAGUGGCGACUGUCCGUCUUCUCCCGCUUCAUCAUCGCCAGCGGCUGAUAGUCCUCUGCACACCACUACACACUAUCAAAGGCCGUCAUCGCUCCAUGGAUUAAAGCACAAGUUAGCCGGCGGCGAAGUGCGUCGCGCGUCAUUGCAACACAUGCCGCUGUCGCCGCUCGCGCGCACGCCCUCGCCCUCGCCGCAGCCGCCGCCGCAGCCCGCCUCGCCCACCAGGACCACAACAUCAUUACUUAUCAUCGUAACUAACCGUGGCAGCCGGUGCGAGGCGCGCAGCCCUUCUCCGCUAGCCUGCCGCGAGGGCGGGCGGCGAGCUUGGGCGCGGAGAGACCCCGCCUCGCCGCUGCUAAGAAGGGCGCUGUCGCCUGACAGACUCCACCCGCGCUCAGCCGAAUCCAAAUGCUCGAUCUCGCCUCUCUGCUGCGGGGGGGUCAACGUCUCAGUCGCCGUGGGCCCCGUGGCCGUCGCGGGGGUCGCCGUGUCUGGGGGCCGCCGGGGGGUCGUGUGGAGGGCCCCGGCCCCCGCGCCGCCCACCCCGCCCCCCGCGGACAAACAGGACGAGCCCCCGCUGCCCAGGAUAGCUGAGGAGAAGGACUCGCCUACGCACCAUGCGAAGAACUUGCCCAAUAGAACACCAGCGAAGCAGCAGACAACGCCGAACAUAUUCACGUCGUCCCCCAAGACGAGCCUAGACAAGACUUUCGAUACGUCCGCGUCGUUCGCUUCACUAUCGCUGUCCGACGAGUCGUUUGCGCACGACUCAUCCGACCUGUCCGCGUUGGAUACCUCGCGGGAGCUUAACAAGUUUGACGACAGCCGAACAAGCUCAGAGCUGAACGUGAUAGUGGAAGAGCAAAGCAAGAGCAAGAAACCACAAUCCGAGCCUCCUCCACCGAUCCCCGCGGCUGAACCACCAAAAACAAGGAAGAAGUCCGACACCAGCCUCAAAGAUGAGGACCUAAAACCCAAAGACAAGAAGAAAGACAAACCAGAGUUGAAGAAACAAGACUCGGUCAAGAAAAUCGAAAAACCAGAGCCGAGAAUAGAGGAGAAAAUCGAAAAAGUCAUACCCGAAGUCAAAGUUGAAGAGAAAAAGCCGGAUAAAGUUAUGGAAAGGGUCGGGUCGGUGAAGAGGAAUGAGAAGCAAGAGAAAGCAGAAGCUAAGAAGCAGGAGAAGCAAGAAAGAGCGGAGAAGAAGCAAGAGAAAAUGGAAGCGAAGCGGUCGGAGUCCGUCAAAAAGAUCGAGCUGAAGCGGCAGGACUCGGUGGACGCGAAUAAGUCCCCCGAGGCAGCAGAGGGAGACACCCGCCGCAACAGCAGCAUGGUCAGCAAGCUGCUCGGCGUGAUGGGCCGCAAGACGACCAGGGACGACGACGAGCGCCCGCGCGCCAAGGACAAGCCUAAGAAGCGGAACAACAACCCCCCUCCACAACAACCGCCCAAACCGCCAGAAGUAGUGGCGGAAAAGUCGGAAAAACCAGAAGUAGACGACAAAAAAGGCAAGAAGGGGCGUGGCCGCGCAUCCAGCUCCUCCUCGGGCGAGAAGUAAGCGAUUUUCGACCUCAACACGAUUCAAUAAGGUUCAGAAUAUAACACCAACUCUAAAACUUACACCUAAGAAGGGAACAGACUUGCAAUUUUCGCAAUUACUAUAAUCAUAAUUGAAAUAUUCUUUCUAACCGACAUAUUAACCAUCAAUUUCGUGUCAUAGAUUUGUCUCACCAAAAACCACGUUAUUCCUCUUGAUAUAGAGUAACAUUUUGUUCAUUCGAAUGUAAGGUGUUUAGGACACUCGUCCUUACGAAGGUAUUGAGAAAAAUAUAUUCUUGUUCAGAUUUUCGAAGACAGAUAAAUGUGUAGUUUUCGAUGUGAAAUUAGAAUGUCGUAGAUUAAGCUUUGCGCUUUUAAAGGGAAAGAAAACGUGGGGAUUGGUUUAUGAAUUUGAAUUUGUAUUCAAAUACUUUUAAAAGUGAUUUGUCGUAUUUUAUAAUUAACUUUGAAAAUUUUAUGGAUGUAUGUAAAUAUUGCUUGAGUUUUGUGGUAGUUUAAGGGUUUCAUAACUUCACCAAUUUAAUAAUUUUAGCGAAUAUUUAAACGCUUUUGAACGACUAAAUCCCUGCGUUUUGAAUGUACGGUUAUAAUAAUGUACUUAUUUAAAACUUAAUGUUGAUGGAAUUUCGACUUUAAAUGUAUGGUGUUAAUGGUGAAGUGUUCAGAGAAAGAGACAGGUAUACAAUCUAGUGAGACGAAUGAAUGAAUACGAUAUAUUUUGUCUGAUGUCUACAACUGUAUUUCUUAGAUUAAGGUGUAUCCAUUAUGGAAUAUCAUUCGGUGUUCGGUGUUGUGUUGAGUAAAUUAAAACAUUUCUAGUUGAUUCUAUAUCUUGUAUAUUAUAUUCGGCAUUAGUUAUGUACAGUUUUGUUCAGAUCCAGCUUUUAGCAUUGUCCAUAUUGUCUAUACAAUCAUUUUUGAUAUGAAUUUUGCACAUAAAUCUCGCAAGAGACGAUUUUUUGUACAGUACAGCACUGUUGCCUCGAGUCUACUUCUUCAGUUGACGUUGUAGAUCGUUACUUAGGCGAUUAUCACACUGCACCGCGCUCCGCCGCGGUACGCGGGACGACAGAUUGAAUCAUUGUAUGCAAGUACCUGUUUGUAUAGAAAACACGCGCGGCACAACACACUGACAACGCGUCUGCGCGCGGGAUUCUCUAUAAUAAUAUGUAGCGACGCGGACCGCGGCGGAGCGCGGUGCAGUGUGAUAAUCGCCUUAGUCAAAAUGAUGAAAGACAACAGCUAAUAAAUAAAGUGAGAUCACUAACCUGUACACCGAAUAUCAAGCAAAGAAAAAGUACAAAAAUAUUAUUUAUAAAGCGAACCAACCAAAUGUACAAGAUGUGGAAUCAACAUAGACUUUAAACGUAAAAUGUAAAAAAAAUCUCGCUGUAAGCUUUUCCUAGACUGUGUAUAGCUUUAGUCUCGUUAUAAAUAAAUAAAUAAAUAAGGACGACUAAACGUUUCCUAGCCUCCCUCUUUCGGUUUGAAUUCGCGUUUUCAGUAUUACAAUAUUGAGGCACAUAAAUUAGUAUUUUGUUAGUUUAAAAACAAGGAAUUGUUGCGUACAUGGUUUUAAAAAGAUUUAUUUAUGCGAUUUAUUGUGAUGCGUUGAACAUUUUGUCGUAAUUGUUCUGUUUGGGGUGUUCACACGGACUUGAUAACAUCUGCAUGCCGAAUUUUCAGUUUAACGAAUAAGGUAGUCAAUUUAAAGUGUCUUUACAUCUGUAAUUUACUUUAUUUCGUUAAUCCGAAAGUAUACCUUAUUGUUCAGUGUACACACAUCUCAAACAGAUACUAAUGAAAUCAAUCAAAUCAACGUAUCUCUUUUUAUUAUUAAUCUCAUUUUAGUCUUUAAUCUUUUCGGAGUUAGUGUUUUUUGUAAAAAAAAAUCUAUAGCCGAUAGGGUCGUAUUGUGAUAUAUUUUUAAAGCUUGGUAGUGUUUUUUUAAUAUGUUAAUGUUUUUAAUCAUAGAAACACUUAGCUUUUAACGUUUUCUUUUUGACUGUUUGUUUUUGCUGUUUUCCUACUUAUUAUUAUUGUGUUUUUAUUGUAUAUCCUUAAUUUUUUCUCUUGUAUGUGAAGUUUGGCUGGGCAAUGGUUUAACUUCAGAUUCUUCAAACAAAACAUUAAAAAGAAAAACGUUUGACUGACUGUUGCUUUGAAAUAAACUUGAUUUUAAUCAAUUGCAAUUCGAAAAACAUAAUAAUAGAAACUUGGAGCUAAAUAAUUUUCAAUUAAAAUCAUUAAUGCGGUGCCAUAGUUGAGCCUUCUUGAAACAAGUACUUAUCAUAAAAGUACUUGAUUUAAAUAAUUAACAUACAAUCUUGACAUUUUUAUCCCUAAUAAUUAAAUUUCUUCAUAUUUAAACAACGGAGGCUCACAUGAAAUGUCUUCCCAAACUGUUUAUUUGUUAUGUUGUUUACUUAAUUAUUUGCUAACAACAAUGUUAUAAUUAAACAUUUAUUUUAAUCCCAAUCAUCAAACAUUCCAACUUGAUAGAAAUAGAAGAAUAUUCGCAUAAUAUUGUCCCUUUAUAAUAUAGUACACUAUUGUAUACAAAGGUUGUACUUGUAUAUUUAACAAUAAAAUAGGUUACUUGUGUUUCUUGUCUUGGCGCAAGAGUAGAUAAGUGAUCUAUUUUCCAUUUUAAAAUUAUUUUAUAUUAUGUAUUAAAGUUUCACAACUUGAAGGUAUAUAACAACUAUAAUCUGCACUUAGAUUAACUUAAUUUUCUAUAUUCUGGUCAGGUAUAUAAAAACCAAUGUUAUCUACGUCAAAUUAAGCUUGUUCCACUAUUUUUUAAAUUAGAAAAAUAUUGUAUUCAAGCAAUACUCAUUAAUUAAUUGUAAAUUAAGAAUAUAUUAAGUUGAGGUUUUGUUUUGUACGCAUGGUAUCACAGGGUAAUAUCGACGUACCCUAUAAAUAUUAUUUCAUGACGUACUAGCGCUAUUUGAAAAUGCAGGAGUACGAUACAAUGGAUUUUUAGCAUUGGAGUAAAUGAAAUUGUUUUGGGACCAUUGCUAAAUUGUUUAAAUGUGUAUUUAUUCGAUAAUUUCGCUAUUUACUGACCAGGAGUAAUCGUUACUCAAUGUUUUGCUCGUGCCCUGAGCGUUAGGUCUUGUACUCACUUGCAAUAAACAUAUUCUAGAUGCUUAGUGAAAACUGAGAUAUCUGAUUAGUUGUAUUUCCUUGCAAAUGCUUACGGCUGCCCUAACGCUCAGAAUGGGGGUAGGCGAGCUUCUUUGUAAGGUUAGCCCGCUCGUGUGUCCCUAGCGUAGUAUUAACUCUCAUCUCGAUGUUCACAUACAUUUAUGUAGACCGCCAUAAUUAAACUGCAGAAAUAACUUAGUGUUUAAAAUGUUAAAUGUGAUUUAUAAAUAGUGUCUAUAGUGAGCGAGGGAAUAUUUUCUCUAGAGUAAUAUUAUGUGUAUGAAUUGAUACGGAUAUGAAAUAAAGUCAUGAAUUAACCGUU